GGCUUCCUGGGCGAUAUUAUCAUAUGAAGAUUCGCCGGCCGAGGCUCAUGCUGCAUUAUCGCUGGCAUCUGAACAGCGAACGACAUCAGAAAUGCCGAUCUCGAAAUUCCCCACGCUGCCUGGACCGCGGACCUGGCAGCCUCUGGCCUGUGAAUCUGCAUAAAUGCCCUUCCCCAACGGCGGAAGGAUUCGGAUUGUCGGGAAGCUGAUGGGCUGACAUCGCUGCAAAUAAUACGCUGCUGUUCCCCAGAUUCGCAGGCAAGCAAUCGAGAUGAGUUCUGGCACCCGAAAGCUUAGUAUUCUGUGUUGUUAGCCUGCCGUCCAGGAGGGCAAGACAGGAGAGAGAAGACUUUCUGGUCAAGCCGGCUAACCGAACGGCGAACUUCACUUUCGCACAAAUCACCCCCAAUAUCACGAUGAACGGCACCGCGGCGGACAACACGUUCGAUGUCGUCGUCGUCGGCGCGGGCAUCUCCGGCAUCAAUGCUGCGUAUCGAGUCCAGAGCCAGCUGCCGGGAUACUCGUACGCCGUCCUGGAAGCGCGCGACUCCGUCGGGGGCACCUGGGAUCUCUUUCGCUAUCCCGGAAUCCGCUCCGACUCGGAUCUCUUUACGUUUGGCUUCCCUUGGAAUCCAUGGAAUCAGCCGGAGGCCAUCGCGGCCGGCGGCGCCAUUGUCCAGUACAUCAAGGACAGCGCGGCCAAGUACGGCAUCGACAAGCAUAUUCUCUUCCAGCAUCGCCUGACGCUGGCCUCUUGGUCGACUGAGGAACAGGCCUGGACGCUCUCGGUUCAGUCGAAUGGCGAGACGCUUCAAUACACCACGCGCUUCUUGAUCUGGGGCACCGGCUACUACAACUACGACACGCCGCUGCCAGCAAUCAUCCCCGGGCUGAAGAGCUUCGAGGGACAGGUUGUCCACCCGCAGUUCUGGCCCGAAGACCUGGAUUACACCGGUAAGAACAUCGUCAUCAUCGGCAGCGGUGCCACGGCCGUGACACUGUUGCCCAACUUGGCCGGCAAGGCUGCGAAGGUCACAAUGUUGCAGCGGAGCCCUAGCUAUAUCCUGUCACUCCCUAAUCCCACCAGACGAUCGUGGUACAGCUGGUUCAUGCCGGAAUCAUUGUAUCUCCGGAUCAAGCGUCUCUCGUGGAUGCUCUCUGCGCGUCUCCUUUUCCUCUUCUGCCAGACAUUCCCCACGAUCUCAAAGCUGGUGCUUCGGUGUUUGACUACCCUGCAACUUCCCAAGGACAUUCCCUUUGACCCGCACUUCAAACCAUCCUACAACCCCUGGGAUCAGCGUCUCUGUCUCUGCCCGGGAGGCGACUUCUUCAAGAGUCUGCGGAGCGGCAAGGCAGAUGUCAAAACCGACACGAUCUCCAGGGUUGUCUCUGACGGUAUCAUGCUGAACUCGGGCGAAAAGCUGCCUGCCGACAUCAUCGUCACUGCCACCGGUCUGAAGGUCGAGAUUGCGGGUCAAGCGCGGGUGGAGGUAGACGGGAAGAAGGUUCGUAUCGCGGAUCACUUUGUCUGGAAGGGCAUGAUGGUGCAGGAUAUUCCCAACACGGCGUUCAUCAUCGGCUACACCAACGCGUCCUGGACUUUGGGCGCUGAUGCCACUUCGCGCUUCAUCUGCCGCUUGCUCAAAUACCUGGAGCGCAACAAGUUUACAUCCGCCGUACCCCGUCUGGACAGCAGCAACCCGGUCAAACCCGUCCGGCUGCUGAACCUGAAGUCGACGUACGUGGAACGCGCGGAGAAGGACCUCCCCAAGGCUGGUGAUAGCGGCCCAUGGCGGCCACGGGAUAAUUAUAUCGUGGACUCGCUAUUCGCCGACUACGGUGACAUCACAGAUGGUAUGGAGUUUACGAAGGGCACGGGCUUGAGACUGCACCCGAAGUCGCUAUGAUUGAAACGGCCGUUGGUCUGGACGAGUUGCACAGGUCUGCUUCUUUUGAUAUUUCAGUAUGUAGUGGGUUUUAUUAUGGUAUAUAGCUCUGCGCGGAUCCGGGGCUUUCUUCGUGUCAGUAACAUUCAAUGAAAUAGUGAAAUAGCCGUAUUCUAUGGUGUUUCUUUUCAAGCAUCCUGAAUAACCAACUUCCG